AUGAUAAGACAUAUAGCACCUUUAAGGAAGCAUUCGCUUGAGUCAAGCAUACGUGUGCAGUUAAGGAUGGUUCAUCACAAGGUCACAAUCAUAGGCUCUGGUCCAGCUGCUCACACCGCAGCCAUAUAUUUGUCAAGAGCAGAGAUGAAACCGACAUUAUACGAAGGAAUGAUGGCCAACGGUAUUGCUGCUGGUGGCCAACUGACGACAACCACGGAAAUCGAGAAUUUCCCGGGAUUUCCGGAGGCGUUGAGUGGCAGUGAGCUGAUGGAAAGAAUGAGGCAACAAUCUGUCAAGUUUGGCACUAACAUAAUCACAGAGACCAUCUCUAAAAUCGAUUUAUCUUCGAAGCCAUUCAAGUUAUGGACUGAAUUUAAUGAAGAUAAAGUCCCCGUAACCACGGACGCUAUAAUUUUGGCCACUGGUGCCUCUGCCAAGAGAAUGCACUUACCAGGGGAGGAAAUAUACUGGCAAAAGGGUAUCUCUGCUUGUGCUGUAUGCGAUGGUGCUGUUCCAAUCUUUAGAAACAAGCCUUUGGCCGUCAUUGGCGGGGGGGAUUCUGCGUGCGAAGAGGCUGAAUUUUUAACAAAGUAUGGAUCGAAGAUAUAUAUAUUGGUAAGGAAGAAUCAUUUUCGUGCCUCCGUAAUAAUGCAGAGACGAAUCGAGAAAAAUGCGAACAUCAUUGUGUUGUUUAACACAGUCGCAUUGGAAGCUAAGGGUGAUGGUAAGCUAUUGGAUAUGCUGAGAAUCAAGAAUACCAAAACUGAUGUGGAGAAUGAUUUAGAAGUGAACGGACUAUUUUAUGCAAUAGGUCAUACUCCUGCCACAGAUAUAGUUAAAGGACAAGUAGACGAACAGGAAACAGGGUACAUUAAAACUGUGUCUGGCUCGUCUCUGACCUCAGUGCCAGGUUUUUUUGCGGCAGGAGACGUUCAAGACUCUAGGUAUAGACAGGCAGUAACUUCUGCUGGUUCUGGAUGUAUUGCUGCUUUGGAUGCAGAACGGUACUUGAGCGCUCAAGAAUAG